CGAAACUUGCAAGAUUGACUUCCAAAACUUGCUGCCGAGAGAGAUGGGUCGGAUAGCAAUGGCAAUGGUAGUAUUCAUGAGCUUGAUGAGCAAAGAGAUGGGCUCGUUCGUUCUUGGAGACGUUGGGACUGCUUCUUCCUAUGAUCCGCCGUACACCCCAACCAGAUGCAAUGGGUAUAGGGCAGACCAGUUUCCUCCGGGGAAUCUGUUUGUGGCAGUGAGCGAAGGGUUGUGGGACAACGGAGCCGCCUGCAAGAGACGGUAUCGGCUGCGGUGUCUGAGCGGCAGCAACAGGCCGUGCAAGGAUGGCACAGUGGAUGUCACCGUCGUGGACUACUGCCCCAAGUCUCCAUGCCCCUCCACCAUUCUCUUAUCCAAGAGCGCCUUUGCCGCCAUCUCCAAGUCCCCGUCUGCCAAAAUCAACCUCGAAUAUAUCCCGAUAUGAUCGGGUUUCUGUCCAAGGAACGAAUACUGGGAGAGGGCUCUAGUUAGAACUUUGUCCCACAAUAUUGAAAUUCAUAUGUCAUCCUUGACAUAUUCGAAUGUAGAUGUUUGCAUCUUUAAAGUGAAAGAAUGAUCGCUUGAAUAAGAAUCCGAGUGAAACUUUCCGUCUUGUG